GAGUGAUCGGAGGCCGGGCGCGGGCGCGGACGGAAGCGGAAGCGGCGGCGGCGGAGGCGUCUGAGGCAGCGUCUGUGUGUGGCUCCUGCUGCAGAGGCUGCGGGAGCUGGGGGCGCGGGGCUUAGGGCUGAGGCGGCCAGCGCCCCGCAGGGGGCCCCGCGAUGCGCGAGGCGGGCCGGGCCGAGCCCGGGGCUGGUGGCCGGGCCAGGUGGACUGGGGCCGGUCGGGCGGCAUGAGCUGGGCUACGGCCCGCGGGCUGGGGGCGUCUGUGCCGCCGCGCUCGGGCCUCGGCCUCAGUCUCGGUUCCAGCCCAGGCCUUGUUGCCCGGCCUUGCUGACCGCCCCCGCGAUCUCCUGCUGUUCCCCCGCUCCCGCUCUCGCCGCCGCCAUGGCCUGGGUGCUGAAGAUGGACGAGGCCGUGGAGGCAGGUCUGGUGCACGACUUCGACGCCAGCUUGUCGGGCAUCGGCCAGGAGCUGGGCGCCGGCGCCUACAGCAUGAGUGAUGUGUUGGCACUGCCCAUUUUCAAGGAGGAAGAGUCUGGCCUUCCAUUGGAUGGAGACCCCAAACAGCCGCCCUUCCAGUAUGUGCUGUGUGCUGCGACAUCCCCGGCUGUUAAACUCCAUGACGAGAGUCUCACUUACCUGAACCAAGGUCAAUCCUAUGAAAUCCGGAUGCUGGACAACCGGAAGGUGGGAGACGUGCCUGAGAUCAGCGGAAAGCUGGUGAAGAGCAUCAUCCGCGUCGUGUUCCACGACCGACGCCUGCAGUACACGGAGCACCAGCAGCUCGAGGGCUGGAAGUGGAGUCGCCCGGGGGACCGACUCCUCGAUCUCGAUAUCCCGAUGUCUGUGGGCGUCAUCGACAUCCGGACGAAUCCCGGCCAGCUGAACGCGGUGGAGUUUCUGUGGGACCCCGCCAAGCGCACGUCCGUCUUCAUUCAGGUCCACUGCAUCAGCACCGAGUUUACCCCCCGCAAGCACGGCGGCGAGAAGGGGGUUCCUUUCCGAGUCCAGGUGGACACUUUCAAACAGAACGAGCACGGCGACUACACGGAUCACGUGCACUCGGCCAGCUGCCAGAUCAAGGUUUUUAAGCCCAAAGGAGCGGAUCGGAAACAGAAAACGGACCGAGAAAAGAUGGAGAAGAGGACGGCGCACGAGAAGGAGAAGUACCAGCCUUCCUACGACACCACCAUCCUCAGUGAGACGAGGCUUGAGCCUAUCAUGGAACCUGCAAUUGAACAUGAGCAGAAAAGGUCCAGCAAGCGGACUUUGCCAGCAGACUGCGGCGAUUCUCUGGCAAAGCGCGGCAGUUGUUCCCCGUGGCCCGUCACGAGCGCCGCCUACGCCAGCGACAGCCCCGGCCCUGCCCUCACGUUCACCGCCGCUCAGCACAGCAGCUACAGCGUCCCGGAGAGCAACUCCUCCUCCCCAAACCACCAAGGAGACGGCACUUGUCUGGGCAUCAACGAACAAUUGCAGCCAUCAGCAACCAUCCAGGAAACCCAGCAGUGGCUGCUUCGGCAGAGGUUCACCUCCUACGCGAGGCUCUUCACCAAUUUCUCAGGUGCAGAUUUAUUAAAACUGACGAAGGAGGACCUCAUCCAGAUCUGUGGCCCGGCCGACGGCAUUCGGCUCUACAAUUCCCUGAGGUCAAGGACGAUUAGGCCCCGCCUGACCAUCUACGUCUGCCAGGAGCAGCCCCGGGGUCCCCGGCUGGAGAGGCCGCCAGAAGCAGGCCACGGAGAUCACAGUAGCAAUGGUGCGGUCUACGUUUAUCAUGCGAUCUACCUGGAAGAGAUGGUGGCCUCAGAAGUCACACGGAAACUGGCUUCGGCAUUCAAUGUCCCUUUGCACCAGAUUAACCAGGUUUACAGACAGGGUCCCACCGGUAUUCAUGUCCUCCUUAGUGACCAGGUGGUUCAGAACUUCCAGGACGAGAGUUGCUUCCUCUUUGCCACAGUGAAAGCGGAAAACGGGGAAGGCUUCCAUAUCAUUCUGAAGUGAAAGCAGCCGCGCGCAGGCCUCGUUUCACCAGGGCCCGACGGCGGACCCGACUCGCCCCCUGCCGCUGUUUCCUCUAGAAAAUGCGAGGUGGCCUUGUGGCGCCCUGCCAGGAGGAGGGCCUGCUUCUCGUCACUGCCAUCGCCCCCGUCCUCCUGGGAGAGCGCCCGGAGCCACCUCGCUCGCUCCCCUCCGCUGUGUCUGCUUGGAAACGAAUGUAGCCCCGCUCGUCCCCUCUGCUGACUUGGGGAGGCCCAGGGCGGGGCGCAAUCACGUCGUGAGUCGCUCUGAAGCCUGCCCGGGACUCCGGAAAGCGAGCAGAAAUCAUGUGUGAGCGCGGGGGCCGCGGCGCAGAACUGGUGGACGGGCUCCCCUUCCCAGCGCCCUCGCUCUGCUUGUGUCCACUUUUCCCGUUUCUCCGUCAUUUUACUUCCUUCUUUUAAAAAAUUGUUGACGUCUUGGCCUGGACACCAGUAAGGGGCGCAGCGGUGAGCCGGAACGUCUUGUUGGCGACCAGAGCUCGUGACUGGGUGUCCAUCGGGGAGGCCGCGUGUGCAGUGUCUGUGCCCAGACUCCUUGGGGCGCUCCCAUUGGGUGUGCCCUUCGUCCUACGCCCGACGGGCUCCCCUUGGCUAAAGCGGCCGCGUCGGAGCAUUUCCCCCUUAGCCAUUUCCGUGGCAUCUUUCUGGCCAAACUGCUCAAAAGGCACGUCUGGGAUUGUUUUGGAGCUCCUCCGUCACGCCUAGUGUAGUAUUACACACUGAAGAUACACAUGUUGGCUUUUGUCCCAUGCAUGUAUGCAUGUCUGUACCCAUGUGUGUAUUCCUGGGUUUCUGGUGGAUAGGGCUGGUUCUGUAUCUUCUUUUCCUCACUGGGACGGGUUCUAGCUUUAAAAUCUGUUGUGCUUGUGUGGAGACCCCAAGGAGAGCCAACCCCCCUCCCCCAAGGGGUAGACUUUGAUUUUUCCCAUUGGAGACUUCUCACAACGUCCUUGGGGCCUAGCGGGAGCCUUUACGUGACCAAAUACUUCAUUGCCUGCUGACCCAGAGCGGGAGGGCAAGCUCGUGGGUCCGCCGCCAUCUGGGGCGUCUCCAUUUGGACCUCGGCGCACGGAGAACAGCCUGGCAGGCCGCUCUCCUCGGGUUCGAAAUGACCCCAUCGUUUUGGAGGUGGGGAAGGCGUUCGCUUCUGUCUGUCCGACCUCAGAUUCCACAGAGGAAAGUUCUUCGGUUUAGACCCCCGGCCCCUGCAAUUCAAUGAUCACACCAGCAAACGGCUGUUUUAAAGAGUGGGAUGUACGCAUUUUAGUUUCCUUGUAAUAAAUGUUUUCUGAACGUUUG